CCAUUGAGAAUCUCUUUAUUUGACCUUACAAUAAUGUUGGCAGGAUUUGUAAUGGUUAUAUAAGCUUGCAUAAUAGCACAUGAGAGCGAUAAGUAACGGAGCUCGAAGCUGAGGCUAAUAGUUUAGGAGUCGUAUCUGGACGAGGUUUGUAUGUUAUUGUGAUUGAGGAACUCAUUGACCAUGGACAGACUGAACCGUCUGGUGAAGCGGAUCUCUAUCAUCAUGCUAUGGGCAACAAUCAUCAUGGUGGCAGGACUAACGUCUGGAACCAAGGCUGCUACUGCCGGAAGUCAGACAGGUGGUCGAGUAAAGCUUGGUGAAGGGGAAUCGUUCAUCAUCGAAUCGGGAACUAACCAGCGGGGUGUGUAUGAUUCUGAUCUGGAUAUAUUGUGGAGAGUGAAGGUCCCUGAAUCAUGUGAUGUUCUCAUCGUAUUCGAGUCCUUCGUCACAGCGUUUCAAUACGAUUAUCUGUAUAUCGGAAAUGGAACGAAGAAAUCAGACUAUCCGACAUGGACUUUAUCUGGGUACACCGUGCCGUCUCAGAUCAGGAUGAAUUUCUCUACAGUAUGGAUCAGGUUUACUUCAGCACCUUACUCAGGACGACGUGGAUUCAGAGCUAACAUCAUAUCUACAUGCGAACAAGAUAAUACAUCAGUCGACACGGUGGGUUCUGGAUAUCAGGCAUUGGAUGGAGAGACGUAUCAGAUCGCUUCACCGAACUAUCCAAACAACUAUCCUCCGGGUAUAACGUUAACCUGGGCCGUUCAGCUACCAGACCCACGAGACUGUAGAAUCUAUGUCACUUUCUUAGACUUUGAAACUGAACAAGAUAAUGAUCAGGUGCUUUUUAGAACUACAGAGGGCGCAUCAACCAAAGACAAAGAAACCUUCUCAGGAGGGAGCGUACCCUUAAACCAUCCUAUCCUCGUUCAAAUGGAAGACUCUUCGACCUACGCUUAUAUUCGAUUCACAUCAUUGGAAACAUCGUCCACGGCUCGUGGUUUUAUGGCUAACGUCACAGCAGACUGCAAACCAGGGUACCACGUGGAGCUGGAGCGUAAUGAGACGUAUCGGCUGCAGACAUCUAACUACCCUCGCUACUACCUGACAGAUAGUGACGAGUCUUGGGUGAUAAAGGCUCCACAAAGCUGCGAUAUUCUCGUAGAAUUCGCUCGAUUCGAUACGCAACUCAAUCAAGAUGUUCUUCAUAUCGGAAAGGGACCUGAUAUGUCUUCCAAUGAACUGUUUUUCUUGUCUGGGAACUCGGUGCCGAGAUACCUUGAGGUAAAGUCUAACCUGGCUUGGGUUAGAUUCACAUCAGAUCAGGAUGAUAGCUCCAGACAUCACGGCUUUGAUGCUCACGUCACAUCUACUUGUAGAAAUGAUGCCGCGAUCGAGCAUAGUUUUGAUACGAGAGGUACUGCUGUAGCACUGUCCAACGGUGAUAUUUAUUCCAUAUCAUCCCCCAACUAUCCAAAUGAUUAUGGGAGCGAACAACACAUAGCAUGGAUGUUCAGGAUACCAGAUAACUGUCAGCUUAAUAUCGUCAUGAAUGACUUCGUAACAGAGGCCACCCACGACAAGGUUACAAUCAGAACACCAGAAUCUGUGGUCAGUGAGUUCAAUGGUGACGUCAUACCCGAACCAAGCUUCAUCAAUUCCACGGUGACAAUCGUUAAAUUUGACAGCGAUCGAAGUACUCAAACGAGAGGAUUUCAAGCUGAUAUCUCUCCCUUAUGUGACAUCACUACUACAGAGACGAUUCAAACAAUUCCUCCAGUCAUUCAGCCCAUCGAACCCAUAACUAUUCGACGAGGUCUACCGACUCGAAUUACGUGUACUGUACUACGCGGUGACCUCCCUCUUCACCUCCGGUGGCUUAAAGAUGGUGAAGCUAUUCCAGAUGGAGAUGGAGUUGAGUUCCUAAAUGGUGCUUUCUCUAGCUCCGUACUGAUAGCUGAUGCUACUGUUGCACAUGAUGGUCGCUACACAUGUGAAGCAAGUAACUUAGCUGCUACAGUCAACUAUACGACAGCUCUUGCUGUACAAGAAAACGUGGUCGAUCUUGGACGUAACGAGUCGUUGUCCGUAAAGACACCUCAAUAUAGGUCGGCAUAUUUUGGCGACGUUGAAGGUUUCUAUACCUGGAUUGUCAAAGCUCCGCAGAACUGUACUGUCCGGAUUGAAUUUCGUACCCUCAAUGCGGAGGUUCCCGGAGAGGUUCUCGAGAUCGGAUCAGGAAACGAUACAUCUACAAAUCAUAUUUGGAACUUGACUGACACCCAAACGACCAUACCGAGGUGGUUUGAUAUAGAUUCAAACGUUGUGUGGAUGUGGUAUAAAUCAAAUGACCACAAGAAUCCUACAUCUCAUGGAUUCAGUGCUGUGCUAACGCCUACGUGUGAUCAAGAUGUAAACGCCGAGUCAUACAUCGAUACGAGAGGCUCUGGUAUAUUACUAUCAAGCGGGGAUUCCUGCACUAUCGCAUCACCCGACUUCCCUCAAAACCAUCCUCCUUACAUCAGUAGGAUCUGGCUUAUCAAACUCCCUCAACCUGAUUGUCAACUUACCAUCGAUUUUGAUAAUUUUACAACCAGAUCGGAUUCUGACAAGCUUGAGAUCAGUUCAUCUGCUUCAUUAGACUCCCUUCGUGCUGUUUUAUAUGGUGACGUCAUAAAGGAACCUAUAACCAUCACAUCGGACUAUGUUCUCAUCCGGUUCAGUAGCAACACGAACUAUGGCCCUGAUAUCAGCAGAGGAUUCAAAGCUCAUCUAUACGCUGAUUGUGAAUCAGAUGUUACUCGGCCGUAUGUUGAUGUAAUCGGUUCCAAUGUAACUAUGUCGAGUGGAGAUACGUAUUACAUCGCUUCACUCAGCUAUCCAUACAACAGCUAUCCUAGAGAACAGAAUGUGAUCUGGAGAUUCUUUCUACCCGAACCAACAUGCCAACUAUCCAUUGUAUUCCAAGACUUUCAACUUGGGAGAUACAGUGAUCAUAAGGUUUCAAUCAGUACAUCAGGAUCCCUCGAUGACACUCUGGCUGACAUAACUGGUGACGUCAUUCCCGAUAACUUCACUCUAAUGUCUGAUUACGUCAUAAUCCAUUUCUUAACAGACUAUUUUAAAGGCGACGGGGGUUUCAAAGCUUCUGUUUCUGCUAUCUGUGUACCGGGUGCUACUGCAGAACCUCCCAUUGAUACACAAGGUGGUAACAUCAGCCUCGCUGAUGGUGGCAGGUACUCCAUCGCUUCACCCAACUACCCUUAUGGAACAUAUCCUGAACGCCAAGAUAUCACGUGGUAUAUCUAUCUAACGCACCAAGAAUGUCAACUCAAUAUAACAUUUCAAGAUUUCCAAACGGAAGACGGAUAUGACAUGGUUUACAUCAGUACGCGGGGCAGAGGACGCGUCAAUCGCGUCUAUUCUGGUGCGGCCAUUCCCGACCCUGUAACCAUCACAUCAUACUAUGUCGUCAUCCGCUUUACCAGUGACUCCCUGACAGGAUAUAAAGGGUUUAGAGCGAACCUCCAAGCGCAUUGCGAAGAAGUGGAUGAAACGGUUGAUGAGACGGUUGAUGAAACGGUUGAUGAGCAGCGGCCCACAUGCACACCUGAUCAAUUCACUUGUCUGUCAGGGGCUAUCGCAUGUAUACCCGUUGGAUGGCGGUGUGACGGUCUCCCAGAAUGUGACGAUCAGAGCGACGAAUUGGAAUGUGCUGACCAGCGGCCUAGCUGCCAGGCUGAUCAAUUCAGGUGUAUCUCUGGGACUAUGCCAUGUAUCCCGAUUGAUUUGCUGUGCAAUGGCCUACCAGAAUGUUCGGAUGGGAGUGACGAGUUGGAAUGCGGUAUGUACUUUAUAAAUUCUACCCUUACUUCAACUUUACAGCCCUUUAUUUAUUUCAUAUGCAAUAACAAGAAAUAGACCAACGCUGUUAAA